AACAAAUGGACGAUUGAAAAAGCAAGCACCUGCUGACUUAGUUCACCAAAAAAGUUACUCAAGCACUAGAAACCUGCCUCUUACAGACAAUCUACCAUAAUGCCGAAGAAUAAGGGCGGUGGAGGUGCGAAAGGAGGAAAGGCGAAAGGUGCCGAGGGGGGAGGGGACUCGGGAAAGAAGGAGGCAAAGGGUGGAACUGCCGUCAAAGUGAGGCAUAUCCUAUGUGAGAAACAGUCAAAGGCCCUGGAAGCCAUUGAGAAGUUGAAGAGCGGGAUGAAGUUCAACGAGGUAGCAUCAACAUACAGCGAAGACAAGGCCAGAUCUGGGGGCGACCUCGGCUGGAUGACGCGAGGCAGCAUGGUCGGGCCAUUCCAGGAAGCGGCCUUUGCCCUCCCAAACAGUACAAUUAACUCCCCUGUAUAUACAGACCCUCCAGUGAAAACAAAGUUUGGUUAUCAUGUAAUAAUGGUUGAAGGGAAAAAAUGAUCAAACUCAA